AUGAAUUCUGCAGAUUGUAUCCCAAAGUAUGGCCCUGUGAAGAACUUCCCUCGCACCCUCUGUUCCCUCACCUACAUCACCACCCUGGUGAUUAAGAACAACUACUUGGAACGGCUACCCCCGGAGCUGGGAAAUCUUGUCAAUCUGGUAAACCUGGACGCCAGUCACAACAAGCUACGCGUCCUACCGCCUACACUUGGUGAUCUCACUGACCUCCGUGCGUUGAUCCUCAACGACAAUCGGAUCUCCGAACUCCCGCUGGAGAUUGGCCGACUGCUGAACUUGAGGCAUUUCAGUAAGCACUCCGCUGUUGUUAUUUUUCCUUCUUCACCAACAGCCAUUCCUGCCGGCCCCAGUCUGAGCUUCCCGGGAUUUCUGGUCGCUUUUAAGGUGCUUGCGUGA